UUCCACUUCCAUUUAUCCUCAAGACCCUCAAGAAAGAAUUUACAGGACACGGGAAAAGAAAGACGUGCAUUGUUCAGUCGCGAAGCGACAUUUUCCAGUUCCGAGGCUUCGCUUCUACAUCGUCGACCGAUAGAUGUAACAGCUCAACUCAGCACGCGCUGCGUUGCGUCGCGUUCCCCUCGCGGAUCCGCCAUGGAUCGGCUGAACAAAGCCGCGAGAUCCUCCGGCUCGCUCAACCUCUCCAAUCGCUCGCUCAAAGAUGUGCCCGGUGAGGUUUACCAAAGUUCGGAUGCGGUUGGUCAUGGUGAAAAGUGGUGGGAGGCUGUGGAGCUACAAAAGCUUAUUCUGGCUCAUAAUGACAUCGAAAUUCUUAAAGAAGAUUUGAGAAACCUAUCGGUGCUGACUGUGCUGAACUUAAGCCAUAAUAAACUCACCCAGCUUCCAGCUGCUAUAGGAGAGCUUCCGAUGCUUAAGUCAUUAGAUGUCUCCCACAACUCAAUUACUGGUUUACCUGACGAGAUUGGAUCUGCAACUUCUCUUGUCAAGUUUGAUUGCUCAAACAAUCAAUUGAAGGAAAUACCUAUCUCUCUCAGUAGAUGUUUGGACCUUUCGGAAUUUAAGGCAUCAAAUAACACCAUCAUCAGCUUACCCGAAGAUCUUGCAAACUGUUCCAAACUAACCAAAGUAGAAGUGGAGGGAAACAAGUUGACAAGUCUCUCUGGCCAUAUGUUUGCAUCCUGGACUGUGCUCAGAGAGCUCAACGCAGCGAGAAAUUUGCUCAAUGCUAUACCAGAGAACUUGGGAAGCCUUUCCCGUCUCAUCCGUCUGGACCUUCAUCAAAACCGAAUUUCUUCAAUACCGGAUUCAAUCAGGGGUUGCUCUUCCCUCGCAGAGUUAUAUAUGGGGAAUAACUCUCUGCAUUCAUUGCCAUCAGAAAUGGGGGAACUUUCUAAAUUAGGCACCUUAGAUCUGCGUGGAAAUCAGUUGAAAGAUUUUCCUGUGGAGGCAUGCAAGCUGCACCUUUCAGUCCUGGAUCUAUCCAAUAAUUCGUUAACUGGACUGCCCCCGGAAAUUGGAAAGAUGACUACUCUGCGGAAACUUUUGCUUACUGGAAAUCCUCUACGAACUCUUAGAAGCUCGUUGGUUAAUGGACCAACACCUGCUUUAUUGAGGUACCUUCGAAGUAGGGUUUCUGAAAGCGAAGAUUCUGAAGCUGCUACAACAAAAGACAAUGUUGUCUCAAUGGCUGCUCGACUAUCUAUCAGUUCAAAGGAACUCUCUUUAGACGGAAUGGGUUUGAAUGUGGUGCCAUCAGAAGUUUGGGAAGGAGGUGAUUUAGUCAAAGUCAGUCUUUCGAAGAACUCCAUCGAAGAGCUGCCCUCUCAGCUUUCUUUGUGUGCUUCCUUGCAGACUUUGAUAUUAUCCAGGAAUAAGAUCAAAGAGUGGCCUGGUGAAAUUUUAAAGCCACUUACAAAGCUUUCUUGCUUGAAGCUGGAUUAUAAUUGCCUUGGUCAGAUUCCACCUGAUGGAUUUCAAGCUGUAAGCAUGCUCCAGAUUUUGGAUUUAAGCGGCAAUGCUGCUUCACUGCCAAGAAGUCCAGCAUUUUUGUGUUUGCAACAAUUGCAGGAACUAUAUUUAAGACAGAUGCGGCUUCAAGAAUUCCCAUCGGAUAUAUUGAGCUUGACGCACUUGAAAAUCCUUGACUUGGGCCAAAAUUCCCUUCAAAUUAUUCCAGAGGAGAUUGGGACUCUCACAACUCUUACUGAGCUUGACCUCUCCAACAACAAUAUACCAUCGCUUCCUCCUCAGCUAGGAUUUCUCGAAGACAGCCUGCAGGCCUUAAGACUUGAGGGAAAUCCAUUGAGAAGUAUUCGAAGGACAAUUCUUGAUAAAGGAACUAAAGCUAUUUUGAAGUACUUGAAGGACAAGAUCCAAGGCUGAUAAUCUGCUUCUUUCACUAUAAACAGUUUGUAACUACUUUGCCUUUAUAGAGGGAUUCGUGUUCUGAGUUAAACCAUUUUUUUGUCUUGGGAGCUUAAUAUUGGAUACUGUAAUUUUACGCAAGCUACUUGCACCAUAUGUUAUUUGAACAUUUUCCUGUCUUGAAUUCUUCCUGGGGCUCUACCAUGCUUGUCGCUUGUCCGAAUCAAUGCUUUUGGUGUAUUUGAAUGAAGAAUGAUAUUACCAUCUUAU